CUAAAUUCUAAUUCAUUCGUCGUUCCUAAUUAACUAUUACAUCUCGUUCUAUUCCCACCACCAUGAAUCCCCAUCUACACCCGACACCAGCCAUCUUCAUCACGUUCACAGUGAUUAUCGUCAUCGUUGUCUCUUUUCCGGCUAUCUCAUGCCAAGAAUCCCGGCCAUAUGAUGUUUGUGGCGACGUUGUCAAGUGUGGAGACUUCCAACUACACUACCCAUUUUGGGGGUCAGAUCGUCCGGCGUACUGCGGCCACCCAGGGUUUCAGCUAACCUGCGAAUUUAAUGUCUCCCUACUCAGUUAUCAGUCAGUUAACUACCAAAUCCUGGAUACGGAUACAAGUACACAGACAAUCAACAUGGCUAGAAACGAUCUCUGGUAUGACAUUUGCCCUGAAUAUCUAUACAACACCUCCUUCAACUCGACCCUCUUCGCCGUCGACAGUUCUGGCCAGGAGAAUGUGUCUUUGUACUACGGGUGCAAUACCAGUACACCAAUGAUUCCGUUGGGUGCUAAUCACCUGUUUAGUUGCAAUGUGAAUGGGAGCCAAAGUGAUGGCUAUUUCCUUACGACUAAUCAGAUAGUUUCUAACAUGACCAACUUCUUGGAAGAGUGCCAGAAUUCCAUCACUGUACCGGUGAAGCAAUCUUUUGGUGGUCGAUUAGGGUCGCAAUUUGCUACAGCAGAUGAACUGAGAUCAGCUUUGAUGGCUGGUUUCGAUUUAAUAUGGAUAGCGAAAGGCGUUGAGUGUAAUCAGUGUAUGAGGUCAAAUGGUCGGUGUGGCUCCAACUCGACUUCACCUGAAUUGUUUGCUUGCUAUUGUGAUAAUGGGAUUUUUUCGUUAACUUGUAACAAUUCAACCGGAAGUGGAGGAAUCAUGGGAGUUGCGUCGUUGAAGGUUAUUAUAGGCAUUUCAAGUGCCAUUGCAGGGAUCCUGAUCAUGUUGUUGGUGAUGUUCUUUCAAAUAAAAAGAUGGAAGAAUCGAGGUCUCAUCAGACCAGAUAGAAAGCCUCAAUUAUUGGGAACCUCUAGAAAUCAUCAAAUAGAAAUAUUCAUACGGGACUAUGGACCUAUAGCUCCAAAUCGAUAUAGAUAUUCAGAAAUCAAGAAAAUGACAAACUCAUUCGUUGAGAAACUGGGACAAGGAGGCUAUGGAAGUGUCUACAAAGGACAAUUGCCUGAUGGGCAACUAGUUGCUGUAAAGCUUUUGGGUAAAGCCAUGGGAGAUGGAGAAGAUUUCAUUAAUGAAAUUGGAAGCAUUGGUAAAACAUCUCAUGUCAACAUAGUUACACUCUUGGGUUUCUGUUUUGAUGGAAACAAAAGAGCCUUGAUAUACGAGUUCAUGCCAAAUGGAUCCUUGGAUAAGUUUCUACGUCGUGAUGAAUCUCAUCUAAACUGGAACACAUUAUUUAGAAUCGCAAAAGGGAUUGCACGAGGUUUGGAAUACCUACAUGAACAUUGUAACACAAGAAUAGUCCACUUCGACAUAAAGCCUCACAACAUUCUAUUGGACGAAGAGUUUGUCCCAAAAAUAUCUGAUUUCGGGUUGGCUAAGUUGUGCAAGAGAAAGGAGAGUAUUGUAUCCGUAACAGGUGCAAGAGGUACUGCUGGAUACAUGGCUCCUGAAGUAUUUUUAAAGAGGCUUGGAGGAGCUUCUCAUAAGUCUGAUGUAUAUAGCUUUGGGAUGAUGGUUCUUGAAAUGACUGGUGCAUGCAAGGAAAAUAUCGCUAGCACAACAGACAUGAGUGUGAUAUAUUUUCCAGAUACAAUAUACAAGAAACUAGAAGAUGGAGAAAAUGUAGAGGUUGAUGGGGUGACAACUGAAGAAGAAGAGGAAUUAGCUAAGAAGAUGGUGAUGGUGAGCCUGUGGUGCAUCCAGUCUGAUCCAUCGGAUCGGCCUUCUAUAAGUAAAGUUGUGGAGAUGUUGGAAGGAAGCUUUCAAUCGUUGCAUGUUCCAACUAAACGUUUCUGGUCAUCUCCAACAAGGUAUAGCCAAGGAACCUCAGCAUCAACCACACUGGAUUCAAGUCAUGAAAGAGUAUUAACAAAAGUUAUACAGGAAGACAUUGCUACUUAA